GCUGACAACUGACACCCCUCAGUUUCCACGACAUCAUGGCCGCUUCCAAGACGAAUAAAUUGUGGGAGAUGACAUUUAUUACGCGGUGAAAUAUAGUGAACGAUUAAUUAAGAAUUAUUAAUCAAUUCUACCAUUCUUUCUGGGCUACUUUUUGUACAUGGAUACUUCCUGUCAGUCGGCUGACAGAUGCAAAUAAUUUUAUCCGCUAUUCGCAGUAUUAUUAUUUAACAAAGUGUCAUCGGCCUGACUUGAGGAAAUGACACAAUGAUGCCGAUAAAGGAUAACCAGGAUGUGGCGUGUUUUUUGGUCACAAAACACUCAUGGAAGGGAAAAUACAAACGUAUUUUCUCAAUUGGAUCCAUGGGAAUAACAACAUACAAUCCCAAUAAUUUAGAGGUGACAAACAAAUGGGUGUAUGCCGAUUUUAUAAGCGUACAACCCACAAACAAGAACCAAGCAGGUUCUCAUGAAUUUAGUAUAACAAUGCGUAAGGAUCGGAAAAAUGAUACUAUGAAAUUCAGUUCGGAGCAUAGAUCACAUUUGCUCACGGAGGCUCUCAGAUUUAGAAAUCAAUUUGCUGAAAAACCGAAAGAAGUUUUGAGAUAUGAAACAUACAAACAUCAUUGGUCCGAUACAAGUUUGCCUGUCGUAUUGGAAGUGACACCAUACAGUCUAGACCAAUUGGAUCCAACAACAAAUAUGGUGUUAGCUAGUUAUUGUUACAAAGAUUUUGAAGGACUGCUUACGAUGAAAGAUUAUUCCAAUGGGUUUGUGAUAGUCUAUGGUGGCUUCGGACGUUUGCACUUGUUUGCAUCAGCUCAAAUGGAAGAGAUCAAAAGAAAAAUCUUAGAAUCAGCCUUUAACAACCUGGGUAUCACCAUCAAAGCAUUGAAGGAGCCUAUUACCCUGGAUGACUUCGUCGCCCAGCGUUUGGGCAAGUUCAGCGGCGACGAGCACAUAACCAGUGUGUCAGAAUUUACUGUACAUAAACAUUCACCAAGGCACAAAGACCUUCAACGAAGAACACUCUGUCUCUCCGAUACCUGUCUGCUGGAAAGAGAUCCACAGACUUAUAAUAUCUGUACAUUGAGACCACUAGCAGACGUAUUCGCCCUUGUUCGCGAUAACGCGAAUCCCCAAUUAUUCACAAUACAAUAUGUUAAUGGCCAAAUGCGUAGCUAUACUGCUACUGACAGGGAUUCACUCUUGGCGUCCCUAUUAGACGGUGUCAGAGCGUCAGGUAAUCGUGACGUUCACGUAAGAAUGUAUCCCAUUGCAAGAGGCAAAAGAUUGGGUCCGCUGAGCUUACCAGUAGACGAAGAAGUCGAGAUUUCGCAUGUUAAGUUCUUACAACAACCUCCUGGUGGCAGAACGUUUGACGAGAUUUUGGAAAGAUUUAAUGCCAACGUUCCAUACAGUGGUCUGCAUUACUCUGUUACCCAAGAUGUAAGCAAACCGCUUGAAUGGACUGUUACGACGUUACAGCUUCAAGUGCACAGUGUUAUCAAUAACUAUUUACAGGGAUUAUUUACUGAGAACAAGGACAAGAUUAUACUUGGCGCCUUGAACGCGUUAAUUAGCAAAGAUUUAGAAACUAAUUCUGAAGUGGAGGCACAGUUUCAUGCCCUAAGAAGAUUGGUAGCGAGUAAAGUUGGUUUUACUGCCUUUACAAAUCUUCAAGGAUUUCGUGAAACCAUUGGAAAUCGAGUAGUGAAGGCUCUAAAAAGGCAGGAUUGCGGAGUGACGCAAGCUGCUAUGGAUUGUAUAUGCGCCCUUAUGCAACCAAUGCACGACGACUGUGACCUGAGACAGGAGCAAUUGAACAAAAGUAGUUUGUUAAGUAACAACAAGUUCUUAGAAAGUUUGCUAGACAUGUGGAUAAAUCAUGUUACACAUGGUACCGGUGCUCUUGUGGUUUCAGCCAUGCUUGAUAUGCUAACAUUUGCACUCUGCGUACCAUACAGUGAAACCACUGAUGGCAAACACUUUGACAACUUAUUGGAAAUGGUGGCAAACAGGGGUAGAUCCCUGUUUAAAUUAUUCCAACAUCCCUCACUGGCUGUGGUUAAAGGGGCUGGUUUGGUUAUGCGAGCCAUCAUCGAGGAAGGAGCACCGGAAAUUGCAGCCAAGAUGCAGGAACUUGCACUAGCUGAGGGCGCUUUACCAAGACAUUUGUUAAACAGUCUCUUCACUGUAGGCAGCGAUGGAAGAUUAUUAACCCAUAGACAGCUUUGUAGGCACCUGGUGGGACUGUGGGUUACAGGACAUCCUACUGCAAUGGGACUGUUGAAGAGAAUUAUGCCUGUUGGUUUGCUGAACUAUCUUGACUCCGAAGAGAAAGUCCCAGAGUCAUUCUUGGAAGAAGAGAGGCUGAACAAUAGGGAUAAUUUAAAGAUAGCUAUAGAUCAUGCAUCGAAGAAUAGAAAGAGUCCUCAAUGGAUUGCGAUCGAGCGACAGAUGAGGGUAGUCGAGAAGCAUUUAGAAAAUGCUCUUCAACACUGGGGUGCACGAGUUGGUAUUGAACGUAGAGAAAAGAUAAAAGAGAGACCGAUCGUCCUGAGAAAACGUAGAGAGAGAAUAAAAUCCGAAGCUAAUUGGAAGCUGUUUUAUUACAAAUUUAAUCAGGAUCACGCGCUGCCUAAUUUAAUAUGGAAUCAUAAAACAAGGGAAGAAUUGAGAACCGCCCUUGAGAAUGAGAUUCGUGCAUUUUCAUCAGACAAAGAUCUGGCAGGUGGUACACUGAUAGCAUGGAAUCACAGAGAGUUCGAAGUUCAAUAUCAGUGCUUGUCGGACGAGGUUAAAAUCGGUGACUAUUACCUGAGGUUACUUCUCGAGAAGGAAGAUAGCCCUGACAGUCCUAUAAGAAAAUCAUACGAAUUUUUCAACGACCUCUAUCACAGAUUUCUGCUUACAACAAAGGUCGAAAUGAAGUGCCUUUGUCUCCAGGCAAUGGCUAUCGUCUACGGUCGCUACUACGAGGACAUUGGUCCAUUCUCUGAUACAAAAUACAUAGUAGGAAUGCUUGACAGAUGCUGUGACAGGAUGGAGCGAGAUCGGCUUGUUAUGUUUAUUAACAAGUUAAUAUUACACAGAAGAAACGUAAAGGACAUCAUGGAUCAGAAUGGAGUACGCGCCUUGAUUGAUCUUUUGACCCUGGCUCAUCUGCAUACAACAAGAGCAGUAGUACCGACCCAGACAAACGUUAUCGAGGCUGGACCAGAGCAGGAACGCGUUUUGGAAAAAGAAUGGUAUUACAAUGAUGGCGAUAAAAGACAAGGUCCCAUUAGUAUAAAGGACUUGAAAAAUCUUUAUGCAGCGGGUAAGGUCACGUACAAGACUAAGGUCUGGGCUCAAGGUUUAGAUGGCUGGCGAAUGAUAUCUCAGGUGCCUCAGCUGAAAUGGACCCUCGUCGCCAAAGGCACCCCGGUGAUAAACGAAAGCGAGUUGGCCACCCUGAUAUUAAAUAUUCUUAUAAAGAUGUGCGAAUACUUUCCCAGUAGGGAUGCCGAUAACGCUGUCAUACGACCGCUACCACGUGUCAAAAGAUUACUGUCGGAUCUGCAGUGUCUGCCCCACAUUGUGCAACUUCUACUCACAUUUGAUCCUGUACUUGUCGAACGUGUCGCCACUUUACUCUGUGAGGUCAUGAAGGACAAUCCCGAAGUCUCCAAGAUUUAUCUCACUGGUGUCUUUUACUUUAUACUCAUGUAUACCGGGUCUAAUGUUUUACCCAUUGCCAGAUUCCUGCAAUUGACUCACACUAAACAGGCUUUCCGUGGAGAUGAUAAUACUUCGUCUGAUAUUAUGCAAAGAAGUAUUCUUGGCCAGCUCUUACCGGAUGCUAUGGUCAGUUACUUGGAGAAUCACGGCGCAGAAAAGUUUGCACAGAUCUUUUUGGGUGACUUUGAUACACCGGAAGCUAUUUGGAAUGCGGAGAUGCGCCGGGUGCUUAUCGAGAAGGUGGCAGCGCAUAUUGCUGACUUCUCACCACGUUUAAGGAGUCACAUGAUGGCGCGUUAUCAGUAUAUUGCCAUUCCGGCUGUUAGAUAUCCUCAACUGGAGAAAGAGUUGUUCUGUCAAAUAUUCUAUCUCAGACAUCUUUGUGACACUGUCAAGUUUCCGCAGUGGCCUAUUCCUGAUCCGGUCAAACUACUAAAAGAUGUGCUUGAUGCUUGGAAGAAGGAAGUGGAGAAAAAGCCUCCAGCUAUGACGGUAGAUGAUGCUUAUAAAGUACUUGGAUUACCAAGUGGACAGCAACAUAAUGAAGCCAACGUUAGAAAAUCUUAUUAUAAAUUGGCACAGAUGUACCAUCCUGAUAAAAAUGCACAAGGCCGUGAUAAGUUCGAAGCUGUCAAUCAAGCUUAUGAAUUUCUAUGCAGCCGCAGCUGCUGGACCACUGAUGGACCCAAUCCUAAUAACAUUGUCCUUAUCUUAAGAACACAGAGUAUUUUAUUUCACAGAUAUAUGGAGGAAUUAAGGCCGUACAAAUACGCGGGAUACCCGCAACUUAUAAAAACCAUAAAACUAGAAACAGAUGACGAACAACUAUUUUCAAAAUCAGCGCCACUUUUGGCUGCAGCCAGUGAACUUGCCUAUCACACUGUUCAUUGCUCAGCAUUAAACGCAGAGGAACUGAGACGUGAAGGAGGUUUAGAUGUUUUAUUAGAAGCAUAUACGAGAUGCGUUUCGGUUUUGAACAAUUCUAGUAAACCUGGUGACGUAGCUGUUCAAGUUUGUACACACAUUACGAGAUGCUUUGCUGUUGCUGGAGCAUUCAGAGGUUGCAGAGACAAGAUUGUCGAGCUGCCACAACUUGUUAAGGAUCUUUGUAGAGUUUUGCAUUUCAAGCAUUUAACGAAGCUGUGCUCAGUUGCUACGGAAUGCAUUUCAUCUUUAGCUACGGAUAGUAUAUUGCAAAUGCAACUGUUGCAAUCUGGUGCACUUUGGCUUCUACUUUUGUUCAUGUUCAAUUACGAUUACACGUUAGAGGAAGGCGGAGUCGAGAGAAACGAGGAGGAGAACCGACAGGAAGUCGCAAAUAAUUUAGCAAAACUAGCAGUUCGGGCAUGCGCUCGUUUAGGCGGUUAUAUGACAGGUGAAAACGAGACGCCUCACAAUCCUGUCACCGUCGCAGCGCUUGAACAUUUAUUAACGCCUUACUUAACGCGUCAACUUGGAAAAGACAAACCCGAAGAAAUUUUGAAAAUCCUUAAUUCAAAUUGCUCGAAUCCUUAUUUAAUAUGGGACAAUGGGACUAGAGCAGAGCUUAACGAGUACCUGGAGUCCAAGAGACAACAAAAAUAUGAUAAUAAUGCCGAUUUUGAACACGACUGCAGUGACUUCAAGUACACAGCUCACAGUGGUGAAUUAAUAAUUGGUGAAAUAUUCAUCAAAGUUUACAACGAGCAACCGGCUUUUCCUAUUGAGAAUCCAAAAGGCUUUACUAUCGAUCUCCUUGAUUUUCUCUCUAAAUCUUCAGACUACUUAGCAUCUCUAGGUAGCGUAGCUUUGUCUAAAAAGGAUCAAGAGAGACUGCGGCACGUUGUGAUGUCAUUAGAGGCUCUAAAAAAUGUUAUUAAAAAUAAUCCUGGUGUAGAGAUGCAAUGUAUCGGACACUUCAAACUGCUAUUUGGGUUGCUCAGUUGCAACAGUUGCAAAUCUAUUCAAAGCGGUGCCCUACAGGUUAUAUCGAAUGUAACAAAGAAUCAGGAAUGUGUCAACGACAUUGCAGCAAAUGAAGUAGUUGUACACUUAUUGCUUGUGUUGCAUAGUCUAAAGGAGUUUCAGUUAUUAACAUUAGAAACAUUAUGUGCAUUGAUGAGUACAACAAAAAUUGUAAAGGAUGCCCUAGCUAAAGGUGCUGUGAUAUAUAUUCUUGACUUAUUUUGCAAUUCAAGCAACUUGCAAGUGCGUGAAGCCGCAGCGGAAUUGCUUGCAAAGAUGUCUUCCGACAAGUUGGCCGGACCUAAAGUCAAAUUAGUACUCUCAAAAUUCUUACCACGUUUAUUCAGCGAGGCCAUACGCGAUUCGCCUAAACAGUGCGUUCAUAUGUUUGAGACAAAACAUGAAAAUCCAGAAUUAAUCUGGGACGACGACACAAAAAACCGUGUGUCACGAAUGAUUGCAGAGUUGAAAGAAGAACAUUACACGAUGCAAAGGCGUAAUCCUAAUGUCACUUUGAAACUACCGGAAACACCGACUAAUAUCGAUGCUGUAACGAAUGAACCUGUAGUCGGCGGUGUGUAUCUUAGAUUAUUCAUAAGCAGCCCUGCUUGGGCACUUAGAAAACCAAAGGAAUUCUUGAGCGAGCUCAUGGACACCAUCUUAAUGUUAAUGGCCAAGGAUCAGACUGAUUCGGACAUGUUGGAGUUAACGACGCAAGCUUUAGUCUGUUUGCUGCAAGCUCAGCCGUCACUUGGAGACCAAGUACCUUCUUUAGGUCACAUACCAAGAUUAUGCCGGCAGAUGGCAACACAGCACAGUCAACCUCCAGUUUAUAAAUCAGCCAUAUUGAUAAUGCAUCAAUUAGCAUCCAGUGAGAUUUGCAUAUCAUCGAUAUGCCAGACAGAAUGUAUAAGUCCCUUGAAGCAUGCUAUGCAAUCAAGAAGAGAUAUGAUAGCAGUUGCAUGUGAGACGCUGAAUAGAUUAUUCUCAACCAAUGAAGACAGGCUCGUUAAACAGGCAUUGGAAGCAGAGAUGGUACCUUACCUUCUAAACCUUCUGGAAGGAAGACUUGAUCUAAUCGACAAUCCUGGAAUGACAAAAGCACAAAUAGUAAAAGCUUUAAAAGCAAUGGCGAAGAGUUCAUUGUUGGGUGAGAAGGUUAAUGCCAUAUUAGAGAAGUCGAGUGUAUGGGCAGAGUAUAAGGAUCAAAGACACGAUCUCUUUAUCUCAAAUACACCAACUGCUGGAUAUCUAACAGCUGGUACCCCAGUGUCUGCAGGUUAUUUAACGGCAGGUCCCAGCACAACAAUUACCUCAGGACCUCCUCCAGUUGACAAGGAUGACAAUCUACUCAACAGGAACGACAGUAUUUGAUACGGAUAGCGUCAGAAGCUUCAAAAAAGACGAUAGCAGUUCAUCGAAAUAAGAAGGUUCGUAUCGGUCGAUUAAACCAGUGUAAUAAACAGCGUCAUCUGUGAUUUCCGAUAAGCAACUACUUUAUCCCAUAUAAGAGCAUCGCCGAACAAUGAAAGUGAAACAUUGCAUUGAAUCGGGACAACUUUUGAUAACGUUUCUCUGAUUUUUUUUUACUGUUACUAUUUUGCAUCAUUGCGAAACAUUUAAUAGGUCAUUACUAGCCAGUCAAUACAGUCAGGAAAUUGCGCGUAAUUUGUCUACCCGCAUUGAAGUCGUGAGGUAGCGAUUUAAACGCGUAGAUGUGUCCUUGUACUUAGAAGUCUCAACAAGAGUCAUCGACUAAGAGGAUUUGAAUGCGUUAUAAGAGAAGGUAAAAAAGAAAAAUGAAAAGGGAACGUACCAGUACGUAUGUCGAUCGUUGAAUUAUUUAUUCCCCGGUGUAAAAAUGUUGCUUGCGACACAAAUAUCGUGAAUUCAGUAUAAAAGGUAACCUUAGCUCUCAGACGAGGGCAGACAUUAAGCAUGCUAUAAAUACUAUGGUGCGUUCGUUGGAAAAGAAGUAGUUAAUAAGAAAAAAAACUAUUAAAAUACGUUGGUUAGUAGCACAGCAUCUUUGUACAUAAUCCGUGAUAACACGUAAACGAUAAAGAGAAUCUAUAUGAGAUAUGAGGUCUAAUUGAAUUAGUAUUUAUGAAAAAUAAGGGGAAAAAAAAAACAUUUUCAGAAGACUAAAUACAUACAUUCCAGCUGUUUUAAAAUAAACCGAAAAUAUAAUGGCUGCGUUGUAAACCCUCGUAAUUCUGCGUAUUAUUAUUGUCGGAUCCUGACAGCUCGGUUUACAUUAAUAAUCCAAAACUUUCGAAUACAAUACUAUGAAAUGAGAUUAACAGUUAAAUCCUGUUUUGCAUACUGAACAAAAUUUAUUUGCAAAGUUCAUAGAAGGUUCUACGAAUUUAUACGUGUCUAUGAAUUUAAUCAUUUCUAACGGCAAACGUGGAUUUAAUUUUUUUUUAACUUACCUCCCUUUCUCUUGUUAUCCUUCACCACGAACCAUAAAGUAAUUGUUCAAACUUAAGGAAAAAUUAUGAAAUUUCCUUACAACGGUUCUGUGCAAAACGUCAGACGUAAAAAGCAUAAAAAUUGCAAAGAUUUCACAUUUAGCAUCUAUGUACAUAAUACGACAUUAAAAAUUUUGUUUUCGCAGAAUGCGACGGAUUUUGAUAUUUACAUAUAUAUUUUUUACAUAUAUAAAACGUACACAGCGACCGCCUCAUAUCAUUUAUUAAUUAUUUGAGCGAAUUAACAAAGCGUUAAAGUCGCGAAAGUCUUAGAGUCCGAGAAUACACGAGAAUAAGAAGGGAAUAUAUUUUUUUUUUUAAUUAACAAGAAGCUUUGCCGUUUGUUCGCCAUCUUGUCUAUCGUCCACUUGCCAUUUAUGUUAUUAUUGGGCGAUGCUUUACGAACGCAUCGAUAAACGAUUAAUUAACGACGCCAGAAAUCGACGAGUCAGCCAAUAAGAUAAACGGAAAAGAGGAAGUUCCUGUCCUAAUGGCAAUGCAUUAGGGUUUUAAACAAAAUAAAAAGAAGCGACAUGUUUCUUGCUUCAAAUUCCUUCGGUCGUUUUCGGUUACUAUAAAUCCAGUCGAUAUACAAAAUAUCGAUAUCUCUUGUAUAUCUAUAUAUAAUAUAAAUAUAGUCCUAAGACUUAUCGACUGGACUCGUCGAUUCACAAAUAAGAAACACAUCCGGUAAUAGACAAUUUCUUUAAGCGGACUAUGGGAACGAUAAUCGUUUAUUCGAUACGUGUAUUAUUAUUAUUAUUAUACACGAUACUGUACUAUUUUGUAAUAUUAUAAAUCAUUACCUACAUUUUUGACGAUACCUAUCGAUGAAAGCCUUGUAGCUGUUUUCAUAUAUUUCCCUUAUGAGCUCUUUCUUUUCUUUUUUUUUUUCGUUCUAAGAUUGAAAGUGAGAUAUUGUAUAUAAGUAUAAAUAUAUACCAUACACAUAUAUAUAAAUAUACAAUUAUACCACAGAUUAUUGUACGUAUAAGUGAUUACGGAAUAAACGAUUUUGCACAUGA